CACAUAUAAUUAGUUUUACGAUUAUUUUUUUUCCCUUGGAUUGGAGCUGGGGUUUCUUGUGGUGAGAGAAAGAACCCUUAUUCUUUGAUUUGGGAACAUCUAGGUCUCAAUUUAGUGGAACACCCUUCGUAGUUGGAAGUUAAAUUUUGAAGCUUUGGACGAAGAUGGUAAAUGGGAAUGUGAGAAUAACCAGUUGGGUCCAAAAGAAGAUCACUGAUCCCCUUCUCUCCAUUAUCCGAAGAGGAACUGAACCAAACCAGUUGGCUUUCUCUGCUGCUCUUGGUAUUACAUUGGGACUAUUUCCUAUAUGUGGUGUCACUGUGUUCCUCUGCGGAAUGGCUAUUGCAUUGCUUGGAUCAUUUUGCCAUGCUCCAACUGUGAUGCUUGCAAACUUUAUUGCUACUCCCAUAGAGUUGAGUCUGGUUGUACCCUUUCUACGCCUUGGUGAGGUUAUCUCUGGUGGAUCUCAUUUCCCUUUAACAUCUGAUGCUUUAAAGAAAGUUCUUACUGGCCAAGCUUCACGUGAAGUCUUAUUAAGUGUGGCCCAUGCGUUAUUAGGGUGGCUGGUUGCAUCACCAUUUAUUUUGGGAACUCUAUACAUAGUUCUUUUACCAUGCUUCAAAAUUUUAGUUCAUAAUUUCUCAAGUGUUCCUUUAAGUCCAAAGAAGCCGCUCAAUCCACACUCAGAAGUAAAGCUGAAGGUAAGGGAUGUUUGACAAAGUAGCAACGAUAUCAUAGUCUCAAAAUCUGCUUUGUCACAGUGAUCAAUCAUUGAUUCCUAUAUUCUUGCGUGACACAAAUUGUACAUAAUCAACAAAAACUUGUCACUGUUUAUAAUGCUGAGAUUGACGUAUCCUAUUUGUAAAGCAUGCUAUGUGAUGUGAUGUUAUUACAAAAAAUAGUAUAAUGUUAUUGGCCAUGGGACAUUUGAAGAUCAUAAGGAACAUGGAUAUCAAAUUUUUCAAAUAGGCUAAA